AUUGUAACUUCGCGCGAAUUCGGUUACGUUCUGUAACCAAGCUUGUAUCCUGGCACGAUCUCGGUAUCCUUUCGAUGCCACGAGAUCGCCAGCAAAUAAACAUCGACUUGGUCCAUUAAUUGCCUUCUGGUAUUCGGCUUCUCGGGGAUUUUAUGGAGUCAUUUGGAACGAGCUUCUUACGCCUUCUGAUUCGCUUGGCACGUGUUUCUUGGUAGCGGUGUUCACAGUUAAUCUCAACACGACGCCACGCUACAAUUGGUAAUCCCAAUUCGACUACAAUUGGUGAUCCCAAAGUUUGGAACACGCCUCAACUUCUGAUCAAAUCUUCCAAAGAAGCCAAUUCGGUGAGUCUAUGAUUUAUCUAUCCACGUCUGUCGUAUAUUUUCAUAUUUUUAAUAUAUAAUAUACGCGACAUGACGGAUAACGAUAAGAAUAGUAUUAAUAUAAUAGACUCACACGUAUGUGUACCGAAUCCUUGUCACUUGUUAUUCGCGUGAUGAUGAAUUCCACGCUUUAUUCGAGAAAUGUUACCCUAUUAACGACUCUCCUCGUUGACCCGGCUGCUUGGUACGGAAUGCAUACACAUAAGCAUAUCCGUCUACCACCCAGCACCAAAUGGUUAAGUUGAACGGUUUCACUGCCAACUUAAAAGUGUUCUACGAGCACACGAAAACGGCAACUGGCACGAAACCAUACCGCUCGUUCUUUUAGGGGCGAGAACGAGCUUAAAGGCAGAUAUCCAAUGUUCCGCCACUGAACUUGUAUACGGCACGACAUUGCGUCUGCCCGGAGAAUUCUUCACACCACGGAGCAGACCUAAUUUCGGUAAAUCAGACUACGUCCAUCGACUGUCUGCAUUUAUGCGAACGCUGUCUCCGGUGUCAACUCGAAUACAACAUCGACAGGUCGCUCUCCCUCGAGAGUUAUCUACCUGUUCACAUGUUUUUGUACGAGUAGAUUCGGUACGCAAACCUUGGCAACAACCUUACGAAGUUCCUUUUCACGUGAUCGCUCGUCACGAAAAGACCUUCAAGGUUGAUCGAUAUGGACGCGUCGAGAUCGUCAGCAUUGAUCGUCUCAAACCAGCACACGUCGAUGACAGUGCCCUAUCUGACACCCUGAGAUUCAAUGCUAGACCUAUCAAACCUAGCGGGAUCCUUAAAUCUUCUUCAGGUCCCACGCUAGAUGCAUCUGAGACCUCAUUCUCACGUCCCGGUCAACAGCACGCGUCAUCUGCACCGUCUACGGACGAGACGACAGUCUCACGUCCAGAUCAGCAGACCACGCCGCCUCUGACCUCGGAUGAGAUUGCAGGCUCACGAAAUACGAACGAGACUGCCGUCUCACGUUCCGGUCGCCGAGUACGGUUCCCGUACGCUUCCGCGACUAGUCGCACAGUCAACAACCGAUACGGUGUAGGAUUAUUCCUAUACUACACGUAUGCUACACUCCUCUUUUUUUGAUUUUCUUUUUGUUUCCUGAGCCCACGCCUUCGACCAUCUACGUUUGGUUCCGUCGACUUCAGUCAACUUUGGCGAAAGCUGGAUUGGCCACCCACGCUCUUGUCAACGUACUCAGUCGAUAUAUUGGUUUCGCAUGCUUGGUAUACGCUUGGUCCCGAACUUGGUCGUUACGGUCGCUUCUGGCUUUUGGCUCAACGUGGUUUCGUCCUACGUCUGCAGCGUUUCUGGUGCGCACCUCUACGAACGCCCUCUUCAGAUUCUGGAUACAAACCACUCUGGUGUAGCAUGCCAACUCAAGCAACAAAUACAACACAUCGCUCCUGGUACCGUUCUCCGAUAACGACCUUCGUUGGCAACUCGACGAUCAGCGUUCGCUUUCCUGUUCGCCAAUUCUUCCGUCCUACAAUCGCUCGUCAGCCGAUCAGUCCCACGAUUUAAACCGCUAUUUAUCGAAAGUGUAAACCCUUUCUAGCGGGAGGCUCCUGUAGUGACUCACGUUUAUCACGAGAACACGACUGGUUUAAUAAAAACAAUUAUUAUUAUAACCAACUGUACCAGUGUUUGUUUUAACGUGCUUUUGUUUGACUGUACUAAUGACAGCUUUUUUGUGCUUCCAUUUUUUCGCUUACACUUCGAUUGUAACUUCGCGCGAAUUCGGUUACGUUCUGUAACCAAGCUUGUAUCCUGGCACGAUCUCGGUAUCCUUUCGAUGCCACGAAUGACAAUGACAGAUGUGAAAAUCAGGAGAGGAUCUGACAUCGCUUCGGUCACCACUUUGUUGUGACCUAUUUAAAACUGAAGCUAAACAAGCACUGGAAAACUUGAUAAACAGCACUACAAAGGUACAAUACAGACUUCCUUCGACUUGCUGACAAACUCAAAGAAUUCAAGAUAGCUCUCAACAACAGGUUCCAAGCCUUACAGGAUCUACUGAAGGGAGAAGAAACGUCUAUGGAGGACAACUGGAAAGGUACCAACGACCCAUUAACUUCAACGUAUCAAGAGGUCCUGUGGCUCAAUUAGCAUCAUCAUAAGGAAUGGAUCUCUAUGAAAACAAUGAAAAAAUCGAGGAAAGUAGGAAGAAGAAGGUAGCAGUUACGAACAGCCGAACACGAGCAGAUGACGUUCAAGUACAAGUUGAGUACGCAGAAGCAGUUGAGCGAGUGAAGAAAAGCAUUAAAUCCGACAAGCAGAAAUACGUGGAAGAACUAGCAACAACGGUGAACAAAGCCACAAGAAAAGUAAAUAUGAAACAACGGGCGACCUUUCUGCAACGCAACUAUGUAAACUUAAUGUAUGGAACACUGUCAUUUGUGCGUUCAAGUAAUCACAGGUUUUGUCAUUUCAUGUGUUUUUAAUUAAAUAACUAGAUUCUGUAGUUAAUGUUUCUCUGUUUUAUAAUUUUUAUUCGCCACGUCAGACUGCGUUACACUGUACGUCCAUUGCACGCUGAAAUGAUAUCUCAAGUCAUAGUGAGUUUAUUCACAUAGUUGAUUGUUUCCAGAUAGACUGUCAGUGCAUGAUUUUACUGAAGAAAGGUUUGUGGUACUGUAAACUGUGUUUCUAUGAUCAACUCCCUGUUGUCUUCAGUAUGAAUUCAUACUGAAUACUGCUUUAAAGCAGUAUAUAUGUAUCCUUCUUUUUUUUCUUAGGUAAGUUCAACUGGGCUAUAUUUCGUGUUUUGGUUUUAUCGGCUUAAUUAUGUCCAUUUACCUACUUUGAGCAAAAUAUCUUUGCAAGUGAAACAAUAACUAUGACACUUGCUUAGUUUAGUGUUCUUGGUUGUCGUAUAAUUCAGUUUAGUUGAAAGAAUUAUGAUAUAUUUAAGUAUAGUGCUUGAAGCCUGUAACGAAACAGAUCAGUUUAGUAAGUAGAGUUGCCUGUUUCUAAUGUGUAUACGGAUUCAGAUCAGUCUGAUUAAAAAUAGGAAAAAACGUGCCUUUGAUGCUGUUGCUGUCAUACAUUAUAAGAUAGCGAUAAGUAUGUUUGGUGUUUAUUUCUAAACUGUACAUCUAUCACUGACCAUAUUUCAUGAUCACUGUCAUUAAACAAUUUCCCCAGCAAUAACAUCGGUAGCAAGAUAGCUAAGUGUCUGAGCUUUUAGUUGCCCGCAAAACAGCAGUAUACAGUCUUAGAAGAUGAGUGUUCUGUGUCUCAAUUAAAUGCAGCUGGCUGUGGACAAAUGUUAAAAAUCUUUUUGACAACCGGGACUUUUAGUUUAUCAUACACUUACUCUGCUUGUAUGUUUUCCUGUUAAACUAGACGCAGAUGCAUGGGAAUACUUAAAUGGGAGCAAAAUAAUAAAAGCAUUGCAAUACGGUACUAAGCCCAUGUUAUGCUUUGCGCAAGUAAUAGUAGCUGACCUUAUCUAAUAUUCAUGAACCUUAAGGUAAAUCACAACUGCAUAAAUUCUUUGCUAAAAAACAUGUGAUUUGGUUGUUUAUAUGUUCCACAUUUCUGACUAAAUUCAUCACAAUUUUUUCAUUUAGAAUACAACAGGAGUGAGUCUUCACAGAUCAUAAAAACUGUUUCGCCCUUAGAACUAGGGCCCUAUGGAACUGUUUACGGGAGAUCCAACGAACAGCAGAUGAUAAAAAGGAUGCUGGACUUCCAUUUUAGUCUCACAACCACUUCCAGUAUUUUGUGACUUCUUUUACUCUUUCGUUUGGAAAAAACAAAAACUGCUGCUUAACAUUACCAAUACAACUUUCAAACGGGAACUUGGUUUAAAUCUUUGUUUGAUAUUCGAUUGUUAAUGAAAGUUCUUGAGUAAAUUUCUGAAUCUAA